AUGCAAGGGACUUACCAAGGAAUUUACCAAGCUAACAGCCAAGAGAACUCGGGCGAGAACGCGCGGCUCCAGUGCUACGUGGGCGCGAUCGCGAUCGGCGACGUGAUGAAGUCUUCGUUCGGGCCGCGCGGCAUGGACAAGAUUCUGCAGUCCGCGUCUGACGAGCCGGCGCGCAAGAUCCCGGUGAUCACCAACGACGGCGCGACGAUCCUCGGCAAGAUUCUGAUCGACAAUCCCGCCGCGCAAAUUUUGAUCGACAUGAGCAAGCGGCAAGACCAGCGCUGCGGCGACGGCACGACCGGCGUCGUGAUUCUCGCGACCGAGAUUCUGCGCCGUGCGCAGCAGCUGGUCGAGCAAAACCUGCACCCACAGACGAUCGUGCAGGGGCUGCGCAUCGCGGCCGCCGCUGCCUUCAAGCGGCUCGACGAAGCCUGUCUGCGUUUCGGCGAAGACGACCCGCAACACGCGGAAGUGUUGCUGCAGAUGGCGAUGACCACGCUGAACAGCAAGGUGCUCUCGUCCGACCGCCGCCAUUUCGCGCAGCUCGCGGUCGACGCCGUGGCCAUGCUGAAGAACAAAAACAGCUUGCAACUGAUCAACGUCGUCAAGCUGGCGGGCGCGCGGCUGUGCGAGAGCCAACUCGUCGAGGGAAUUUUGAUCGACAAGCGCCUCGCGUACGGCGCGCCGAAGACCAUAACAGACGCGCGCGUUCUGCUGGCGAACACCGCGCUCGACGCGGACAAGAUCAAGAUCUACGGCGCGACGGCCUGCGCGAACGACUACGAGCGCAUCAACGAGCUGGAGGACGCCGAGAAGCGCAAAAUGCUGGCAAAGAUCGAGGCCAUCGCCGCCUCGGGUUGCAACGUUUUCGUCAACAGACAACUGGUGUACGACUACCCGCAACAGCUGCUGUCGCAGAGAAAGAUUGCGUGCCUGCAGCACGCGGACUUCGACGGCAUGGAGGCGCUCGCUAGCGCGCUCGGUGCCGAGAUCGCGAGCACCUUCAAAGACAGUGCGGCGGUGCAGCUCGGCCGCUGCGGCAAAGUCGAGGAAGUGCUGAUCGCCGAGCAACGCUUCACGCGCUUCUCGCAGUGCCAGAAGCCGGAAGCGUGCACGGUUCUUUUGCGCGGCGCGAACGAGCAGGUGCUCGCGGAGGCCGAGCGUUCGCUGCACGACGCGCUCGCGGUCGUCUCGCAGACGCUGCAGGACUUCCGCCUGGUGCACGGCGGCGGCGCGAUCGAGGCGUCGAUUGCGAGCGCGAUCGCAGCCGAGGCGCAAAAGCUGAACAACAAGACGCGCCUCGCGGUCGAAGCCGUCGCCGACGCCUUCCUGGCGAUUCCGUUCAUCAUCAUGCAAAACGCAGGGCACGACGCUGCGGACUGCGUCGCGCAACUGAAGCAGGCACACGGCGGCGCCGCGGUCAGCGACGCCGGCGCGGACGUCGACUCCGGCGCUGUCGCUUCUAUGCAGGAAAAAGGUGUGUACGAAAGCUAUGCCGCGAAGCUGUACCAGCUGCGCGCGGCGCUGGAAGCGGCCGAGCAAAUCAUCCGCGUGGACGCGGUGAUCAAAUCCGCUCCGAAACAGUGCAGCCCGCACUAG